AUGAAAAUGUCGUCAUUGAACGGUAAGACCGUGAUGAAAUUGUUACCGGCAGCGCCUUAUUGGUCGUUUUCUACUUCUUCGUCUUCUUCUUCUUUCCCACUGAAAUCGGUUAAUUUCAAGUCGGCGUCAAUCUUCGCAUCUGCCGGCGCAGCCAGAAGGGUCGUCAGCGCGUCGUCCUCUUAUUCGUCCGCCGCAGCUCCUCCGUUGACCAUAGGCGAUGUCACAGCUGAUUCAGCCAUGGACGCCGUACAGAGACGCCUGAUGUUUGAGGACGAGUUUGUCCCAGCCCCUUUCUUUUCCUUUUCCGCUUUAUGCAUUUUUACUGGUUUCCCUUAUCUGCAGCAUUUAUGUAUAUUGGUUGAUGAGAAUGAUUGCGUUGUUGGCCAUGAUACCAAAUACAAUUGCCACUUGAUGGAAAAAAUCGAGUCGGAAAAUUUGCUGCACAGAGCUUUCAGUGUGUUUCUGUUUAACUCAAAACACGAGUUAUUGCUUCAGCAAAGGUCUGCAACAAAGGUAACAUUUCCUAUGGUGUGGACAAACACAUGCUGCAGUCAUCCCCUAUACCGAGAGUCUGAGCUUAUUGAAGAAAAUGCUCUCGGGGUGAAAAAUGCUGCACAAAGGAAGCUGUUUGAUGAACUGGGUAUCCCUGCAGAAGAUAUUCCAGUUGAUCAGUUUAUUCCAUUAGGUCGUAUGCUGUACAAAGCGCCUUCUGAUGGGAAGUGGGGAGAAUAUGAAUUGGACUAUCUUCUGUUCAUCAUACGUGAUGUUAGCGUGCAACCAAACCCAGAUGAAGUGGCCGAUAUCAAAUAUGUGAAUCGUGAACAACUGAAAGAGCUUCUAAGAAAAGCAGAUGCUGGCGAUGAAGGCGUGAAGCUAUCCCCAUGGUUCAGAUUAGUUGUCGAUAAUUUCCUCUUCAAGUGGUGGGAUCAUGUUGAGAAAGGGACUCUACAUGAAGCAGCCGACGUGAAAACGAUUCACAGGCUUUAGUUAUGCAGCAGGCCACUGGAAUGUCUUGUGUCGAUUGUGCUGAAAAUGGGUUCGUCAGAUUAAUAGGCUCGUCGAUGGUAGGUUAUAUUUGGAAAUAUUCGGAUCCUAAGCCAUGCAAUCAUGUGUUGUGGUGUAUAAUAAAAAGCCUACUUUGACUCGUUACAGCAGUUUAGCACGAUUAGGAAUGCAAACGAACCGAGCGGCAGGCGUUCGAGUCAAAGCUCGACUCGAACUCGAGUUUGACCGAACUCGAGCCGAGCCCAAGUGGCUCGAGCAUGUUAUCGAAUCGAUCUCGAACUGUACUUAAUAGUAAUUUACUUGAAAUUCGAGUCGAACUCGAGUCGAGCUCUACUAAUCUGUCGAGCAUUUUGAUUUCAAUCGAUCUCAAACCAAACUCGAGUGAUUGUCUUCUUUUGUUGAGUCGAUCUCGGGCGUCAUAAAU